AUGCUCUCCUCGUGGAUGCCGUCCUCUCUCGGUCGUCGCCGCGGCGGCGGAGGUCAUGGUGGCGGCGGCCACGGUGGUUCGCAUGGUGGCGGUAGUCACGGCGUUGGUGAAAGCUCGGGCGCCAAGGGCUCUGUAUCCGGCGGGGUACACGGUCCAGUCCGGCAGAUUCCAACACCGAACCUUCCAAGUGGAAAGUCGAGUUCCUCUACGUACGGCAACGGUGGAGGAGAGAUGGUGAAGGCAGGUAGUGGUCCGUUCAAGGGAGAAUUGCUCGGCGGUGGUACAAGAACGGAAGUCUACGGUACCAGUGUCUACGGAAGCGGCUAUCCCACUCGAUAUCACGGAAGCGGCCUCCCCUACUACUACUACCCCGUGGUAUGGGGCACUGUAUGGGGCACUGGGCCUGUUCCUUACCCAACGUAUCUGAAUCGCACGGAGGAGUACGGCCAACCGACGAACAACUCAAGACCGGGUGGCCCACUCAUGCAAGUCACUCUGCGGUCCAAUACGACGGAUAGUACCUUCCACUUCCUCGCGGACAACUCGACAGUGUACUCGCUCCUGCCAAUUAUCCGCGCGAACUGCUCUGCACACGGGAACCUUGACAACGCCACUUCCUCGUCCGUUCCUUUUGUCUACGUCGGCAACCCGGGGAACGCGAGCGAUCCACUUCCGACGGAUGCAGUGCAGUACUAUCGCGCAAGUUCUGCGGUAUUGACAUUGGAAGGCUACAAUAACACGAUCGUUCUGAGUUCUACGCCGAAUGGAACAGCGAAGUCGAUCCCUUCCGGCGUAGAUUCGACAUUGCUCGCGUGUUUGAACGUCACCAUCGGCUUUGCGAUCCCACUCGUUGACUCGUCCGGCGCCAAGAAGUCGCACCUACCCGCAGGUGCCAUUGUUGGCAUUGUGAUUGGUUCUUUGGCCCUGUUGCUCAUAUGUUACGUUUGCUGUUGUCGCUGUGGUGGGGAUGGACAACGAGUUCAGCGAAGCCGAACGUCACGAUACCAAAGCGUACCCCCCGGGCAUGAGUCUUACUCGAUGGCGGCACGUCCUGCGCAAGCCCGGAGCGAUCGUUGGAGCGAAGAGGCCAUGAAUGCACCGAGGACGCCUUCAAGUCCCAUUCAGUUCCCUCAGCAGAUCAAGUCAUUCGACGGGGAGCGGGCUGGGUUCUCAAGGUACACCCGAUAG